AUGACUUCAGUCGAGCGUUCGCCGCCCUCUCACAGCCCACCGGGCCCGGAUGCCAAACGACCCAGAGGCAUCCUCAAAAACCCCUCCUUCAACACCGCACACUCUCCCGAAGAGUCUCGAAAAGAGGUUACCCUCGCAAACACCCAGAUCAACGCCGGACACCGACGAUCGUCCUCCGGAGCGGGCUCCCGCCGCCACUCCUCCAACAGCAUCACCGACCCGUCUGAUUCGGCCCAGCGUCUCAAGUGGGAUGAGGCCAAUCUGUACUUGACGGAGCAGGAGCGCACCUCGACUAUGAAAAUUACCGAACCAAAGACUCCCUAUGCGAAACACUACGACCCGACAGAAGACCCCUCCGACGACGAAGAAGAGGCACCGGCUGGCCUGGACGGUGCUCCUUCUGGUCGCAAGAAUCAACGUGCUGGCGCUGAAGACGACAUUCCGGGCCUAUCGCUGGGCGAACCAGAGGAAGAAAUCCCGGAGAGACCGGCGCCGGCGUCGCGCAGCUCCAGCGAAAAGACGGUCCAUGUGGACAAGGAGAGUGUCACCCCCUCCGCCGAAGAGGAGGUUGUGGGGCUCUCCCCCGAAGAAAGGGAGAAGCACCGCAAGUUCGAGGAGAUGCGGAAGAAGCACUAUGAGAUGAAGAGCGUGGCGCACAUUCUGGGACAUCCAGAGGCGAUUCCAGAUGACGAGGAUGAGGACGAUGACGAUGACGAUGAUGACGAGGAUGAGGGAGAGAAUGGAGUCCCGCCUGUUCCCCCCUUGCCUACAAAUCUUGUCAAUGGGUCAGCGUAG